AUGCUGGUCAGGAUCAGAUCAAGAGACGGCAACUUUCGCUUCGAGGUCCAGCCCACAACCGAUAUAUCCGAGCUGGUGGCCAAAAUCCUGGAAACGACCACGGAUGCAGAUGCCUCCACUCUUGCGAUCUCAAAUCAGCCCCGAGGGAACGAGACCCUCGUCUCCACGCUCAAGGGCAGAAAUCUGGCUAACCUGGGAUUGAAUCACGGGGAUCUUGUUUUUGUCACAUACCAGCAACGUCCCUCUGCCAGUACCUCCCAUGAACCCGCCUCUGGCCCCGCGAUUGCCCCGGCGCCCUCCUCUGCGUCCACAACAAUUCCACGGCCAUGGGAAAUCGUGCAAGAAGAUCCCGUCGACCAGUACUGGCGGACACAGGACGGCAAGAUCCCUCGCAGUAGAGACUCCAAGUUCUGUCGACACGGUCCCAGCGGGAUGUGCGAUUACUGCAUGCCCCUCGAGCCAUACGACACGGCCUACCAUUCAGAACACAGCAUUAAGCACCUCUCAUAUCACGCAUAUAUCAAGAAACUCACUCCAAAGACCUCAUCGACCGCCGCCGCCGCCUUGCCCCCUCUGACGCCGCCAGAUUACCGAGUCAAGGUCCCUUGCCCGACCGGUGGUCACCCGAGCUGGCCUGCGGGAAUCUGCACGGCGUGCCAACCUUCAGCGAUUACCCUACAGAGCCAACCGUUCAGAACAGUGGAUCAUCUUGAAAUCGCGUCCAUGGAAAUCGUCGAUCGUUUCCUGCAAGCUUGGAGGGUAACAGGUCUGCAACGGUUCGGGUGGCUGAUCGGACGCUAUGAAGCCUAUGACAAGGUCCCGAUGGGCGUGAAAGCCGUCGUUGAAGCGAUUCACGAGCCACCGCAAGAGGGCGAACUCGAUGGCCUUUCAUUAGGUCUUCCCUGGGAGGACGAGCCUCGCAUCAAAGAGCUUGCCAGAUCCGCAUCGACGCCCCUCCAGAUUGUGGGAUACAUCUUCACUGAUCUUGACCCCACGCCUGAGGACCGCACAAAGAACGUCUACAAGCGGCAUCCAAACUCGUUUUUCCUCUCCUCGCUCGAGGUCAUCUUUGCUGCACACAUGCAGGCCAGCCACCCCAUGUCCUCGCGGUCCUCGCCCACAGGCCAGUUCUCUUCGCGUCUCGUCACGGCGGUACUCACCGGCACCGAGGACGGCGCGAUCGACGUGUCGGCGUAUCAAGUGUCCGAGCAAGCCGUUGGGAUGGUGCAGGCGGACAUGAUAGAGGCUAGCGUUGACCCAGGGACGAUGCUCGUGAAGCAUGAGAGCAGAGGCGAGGACGGCAACGAUGCGCGGUACGUCCCGGACGUGUUUUUCAGAUACAAGAACGAGUACGGGAUCGAGGUGAAGAAGAGCGCGAAGCCCGCGUUCCCAGUCGAGUACCUUCUCGUCAACGUGACUCAUGGCUUCCCGCAAAAUCCGUCGCCUGUCUUCCACUCGACCGCAUUCACGAUUGAGAACAGGCCAGGGCUCGAGGACCAGCGCAUCGAGGGCGUCCUGAGGACGUUGAACGACAAGCGCGCACCUGACGUGAGCGACAGCCGGCACGACGGGGACACGCCGCGGCGGUUCGAGCUCGCAAAGUGGUUGAGCGACUGGCAUCUCAUCGCGUUCUUGGGGACGUCUGGGCUCGUCUCCGAGGACGACAUGAAAAUAUUCAUCCGCGUCGCGUCGAAUCCCGACAAAGACGACCCUGCGAUCCUGGACCCGAUCCUCGCGACCGAGAGCUGGCACACGCUGGUGACCUUCGCGCGAGAAAGCGCCCCCCCGCCGCGCCCGUCCCAGGCCGCGCCAUCGUCCGCCGGCCCCGGGUCGCACCGCAUGGACGAAGACAUCCCGCCCGAGCUCUUCGAUCAGAUCGCGGAUACCGGCGGGAGCGGCGGCAUGCGCGUGUGCCCGCACUGCACGUUCGAGAACGCGCCUGGAGGGCACGACUGCGAGGUGUGCGGGCUCCCGCUGAGCUGA